AUGUCUUGCUCGACGGCCAAGUCUUGCGAAGACUGUUCCUGCGACGACAAUGGACCUCAGCCCAUCGACAUUGAAGAUGCAGUCAAGCAGCUCAACGAACUGAAGCAGCGGAACACUGAGCUCGAAGCCAAGCUGGACGCACUACACCUGAGCAAGGAGCAAGAGUCUCGCACGCGAAAGAAUGUGAAAUCAAAGUAUCGAUCGUCAGCAUGGUUCGAUGCCAGGGACGAUCCUGAAAUGAAUGCCAACUACAUCGAACGGUACCUCAACUAUGGCCUCACACGCGAAGAGCUCCAGUCUGGGAAGCCCAUGAUUGGCAUCGUGCAGACGGGAUCCGAUCUCUCCCCUUGCAACCGACACCACAUUGAGCUAGCGAAAAGAGUACGAGAGGGUAUCCGAACCGCGGGUGGUAUUGCGUUUGAGUUCCCACUGCACCCCAUUCAAGAGACGAGCCGACGCCCCACGGCCGCCUUGGAUCGCAACCUCGCCUACCUGGCCCUCGUUGAAGUCCUGACUGGCUACUUCCUGGAUGGCGUCGUGCUGCUGACUGGAUGUGACAAGACGACGCCGGCUUGUCUUAUGGCGGCAGCUACUGUGAACAUGCCAGCUAUUUGCCUGAAUGUCGGACCCAUGCUCAAUGGACACUCCCGCGGGGAACUCGCUGGGUCCGGCACCAUUGUUUGGAAAGGAAGAGAGCUGCGCCUCAAAGGUGUCAUUGACGAGCACGAAAUGAUCGACUAUAUCUCUCAAGGUACGCCCUCGGUUGGUCACUGUAAUACCAUGGGCACAGCUUCGACGAUGAAUGCCCUCGCGGAAGCCCUGGGCAUGGCACUGCCUGGCUCGGCUGCUAUACCAGCAGCCUACCGCUGCCGGAGCCAGUGCGCCUAUGAAACAGGCAAACGCAUCGUCGAGAUGGUUGAGGAAGACUUGAAGCCAAGCGACAUUAUGACCCGGGCUGCAUUUGAGAACGCGAUCGUCGCCAACGCAGCUAUCGGUGGCAGCUCAAACGCGCCCAUCCACAUCAAUGCCAUUGCGAAGCACAUGGGGGUUGAUCUUUCCAUGGAAGAUUGGGAUAUACACGGCUACCAUAUCCCGCUUCUGGUCAAUGUCAUGCCUUCGGGCGAGUAUCUGUGCGAGGAGUACUACCGCGCCGGAGGUCUGCCAGCCGUUGAGGCAGAAUUGCUUGAUCAGGGCAAGCUGCGUGGUAAUGCUCUGACGGCCAACGGCAAAACUAUAGCAGAGAACGUGUGCGACAAGCACUCGUGGGAUCGACGCGUGAUUCGCCCAUACCACGAUCCUCUCAUGCACGAUGCCGGCUUCAUGCACCUCACGGGCAACCUGUUCGACUCCGCCAUCAUGAAGACCUGCUGCAUCUCAGAAUCGUUCCGCAAGCGCUUUCUCUCUGAUCCUAAGGACCUAAACGCCUUUGCGGGUCCUGUCGCAGUUUUUGAUGGGCCCGAAGACUACCACCAACGCCUGGCGACGGCACCAAUCGACGACCGAACCAUCCUUGUCAUGCGCAACGUUGGACCCCUAGGCUAUCCCGGUGCAGCCGAGGUCGUCAACAUGUGCCCACCGGGACACUUGCUCCAGAAAGGUGUCGGUGGCCUUUUUUGUAUUGGAGACGGCAGACAAUCCGGCACAUCGGGUUCGCCAUCUAUCUUACACGCCAGCCCCGAGGCGGCCGCGGGCGGCAACCUUGCUGUUCUCAAGGACGGCGAUCAACUGCGCAUAGACUUGUUGAAGAGGCGCGUUGACAUCCUUGUCGAUGAGACUGAGCUGGCGAGACGGUGGAAGGAGAGUCCCGGAGCCGGACAUGUUGAGCUAGAGAGCGCUACGCCGUGGCAGGAGAUCUUUCGUCAGGAGACAGGGCAGUUGUCUGGUGGUAUGGUCUUGCGCAAAGCGACCAAGUACCAGCGCCUGGCGCAGAAAGAGGUCCCAAGACAUAAUCAUUAA